UGACAUAUAGUACUAUUACUUUUAUUCCUGCAGGAGAAGGAGCGUGAUAUAAGUCGGAGUAGUGGAUCAAGUGUGUGGCAGGCACUGCUUACCUGUGUGGCUCAGCUGGCCACUACUGAAAAGUUAUAUAUGAAUCUAUCUUUCCUGACUGCUAAAGGAUUUUUGAGAAAAGAGAGUUCUGUCCGUGCAAGUUAUGAAUCACUCAACACUGAGCUGACUGAACUAAGUCUAGAAAGGAGAAAAGUUAUGAACAACAAUGAUCAUCCCUAUGUGUGCCAGGACCCCAGGACUCAGGUUUUGGGAUGCAACACUGCCAUGUGUCAGGACCCAGUGGCUGGCAGUGAUGAUGCUGAACAGCCUAACAUUUGUGUUGGCCUCCUUUCCAUGAGUUGGGCUAUGAUUGCUGGAGAUUCCUGUUGUCAAUGGGGCACAACUGCAUUUGUGCCCCAUUGACUCUAAGGAACCCCAGGCAUUCAUACCUUUGCUUUAAAGACAUAUUGCCUUGUUCCCUGGAGUAAAAACACUCUGUACCAUCUUCAUGCUGAGUUUCACCAGCCCCAUUCCCUGGGACAUCAAAGAUCUAUGGUGUGUGCCACACCAGAUGACAUUUCCAUCUGCUUCUCUCCAUGCUAUCAAAUGUGUGCUGGAUGAUCCUACAAUGCAGUUCUUGAUAUAUCUGUCCAGCUCCCAGACCCAGGUAUGAGUUUCCAACUUGGGCCUCUGCUAGCACUCUAUCUUUGAGGUAGGGUUGCUCUCUAUUAGCAGAUUCCAAGAACAUGUUAAUCUGAAAUUAUGUACAUGGCUUGAAAAGGCAUAUUGCAGAUGGACUAUACCCAUUCUUUCAUUUCAUCAGUUUCAUCCUGGCUUUACUUCAUGACAUUCUGCUGUGCCCGGCUGACAGCAUGGUCAAGGCUCACCAGGAUCUUCUACAGUUCUUGGUUUUCAUGAAUCAGGGCUAUUCCCAUGUGAAUUAUAUCUCAACUCGACAGCUACAUCUUCUGUUUAAAGUACUGAUGGUACAGUUUCAAUAUGGGCUACUCCUUGGGUCCCACAGAAGAAAACUUUUUAAAGCUGAUAGGUGUGUUUCUGUCCAGGGGCCCUGGAUUUGCAUUUUCUCCUUCACCAGUGAUUGUCUGGAUGCUAGCUGCAGCUGGUCAGGUGCAUAUGCUUAUGCACAGCAACAGUCACUUAACCAAUAAAAGAAAAUGAAGCUUUUUUAAUCACAAAUGAGCAGUAAAGCUACACUGGGACAAAAAUAGUUGCAUAUUAACCCGUAAACGGUCCAAAAGUAUAUAUAUGUUCACUACCGUACUGUCCUAACUUUUUUGAGAAAAAAAACAUUGUUAUUUUUUAAUAGGAAGAAAGAGCAUAUGGUACCCAGGCAUCCCCAAUUAUUUUAACCCUUCGACUGUCGAAGGGCCCAAUCCUGAAGUUGCUCCUGGUGUCGCAAAAUAUUCGAAAAAAAAAAAAAUUAUUUUUUCUUAUGAAAUGAUAGAGAAUCUUUUCCCGAUUGUAAAGACACCAAAAAAACGAAAUUUGAUGGAAAACUGACGGAAUUAUGCUCUCGCGAAGUUAGCGACUUCGGCGAUAUUUAAAAAUCGGCAAUUUCGCCCACUUUGAGCCCUAUUUUCGGCUAAUUCCGUUAUUCCAGUCAACCAAACUCAUAACUAUUUCUUCAGAACUCUAUUUUUUCUAUCGAUUGAGCACAAGAAACUGCCCAUUUACCGAUUUCAACUACCCAAUAACAUGGUCAGAAAUUUGCAAUUUGGCCAAUUUCACGAAAAUUAAAAAAUACGACAAUUUCAAAAUAAGGUCCAGAAUGAACAAUGCAGACAUUCCUGGCUCUAAAAUAAGAUUUUCUUUGUUCAUCAGUCAUGUCUCCAGGUCCCUGUGAUAUUACUCUUGC